UCGUGCACGCAGGUGGAUUUGGAUACAGUGCUGGCCGGUUGGUCAGAAGUUCUUUUUAACCUACUGAAAAUGCACGACGCGUAACAGCAUUUCACUUAAUAUUCGAAAGUUUAAAUAGUUGACCUUUUACAGAUGUUUCGUCUUAUCCCCGAGGAAUGCUCUACUCUGCCGCGCGCCACUGUGAACUGGAUUUACCUGUUUAGGAAACCCAAGUAAUAUGCGAAUCGGAGUGAAAGAGAAAGACGAGAUAAACUUUUCACCAGCUGUGCCUCCAAGUUUUUUUCCCCUUUUUUCAUUCAUUGCGAAUUAGCCUCGCCGCGGGGCAGCGGGAUCGUAUCCGGCGGAUUGACACCUGUUUUUUGGCUGCCUUCACCGACCGUAACCGGACCAGCCGCUUGCCUAGGACCCCAGGAUCGGAGACGAACUGGGCUGAAACAAUGCUCCGAAGUGUCAUGAGCAGAAGGCUAUGCCUUCUGGUCAAUAUUCUGGUUUGUGUGUACGGAGGGUUUGUGGAACCGCCGGAAUCUUUCUCCCUGCGGUCGGUUGCUGAGUCGGAGACCCGGUUGCCAUGCCGGUUCGACCCUCAGGAGGGAGAGAGUGUCGUGCAGGUGAACUGGAACAAGAAGCAAGCAGAUGGAAACUCCGAAGUCAUCAUCACUGCCCACCACACAGAGGGAACAGUGGUGGGCCGCUUAGCUACACGAGUGCGUUUCCAGUCACAGGACCCGCUGCGCGACUCCUCUCUUCUCAUCCUCAACACUGAGAUGUCAGAUGAGGGACGCUACACCUGCCAGGUCAUCACCUUCCCUUCUGGAACCUCCCAGAGGCCAAUAAGCCUCACCGUCUGGACAAUACCCAUCUCUUUAUUGGAGCCUAUGAUUUUGGAGGAGGGGCAAACAUUUCGAGUCGCCGCCCUUUGUCGCUCUACAGCCCACCCACCACCCACUCUCUCUUGGGAUACUGACCUCCCUGGCCAAUCACAGAACAGGACGGGCGAGGGUGGGCGUGUCUCUUCCCAGUUUGCCCUGCAUCCUUUGCGGAACAUGAAUGGCAGGAAGCUGGACUGCCUAGUGAGCCACCCCACUCUAGAGCGCCCCCACCGCCUCAGGAACACACUAGUAGUGCAUUUUCCUCCUAAUGCUGUGAUCAGUGGUUAUGAUGGGAACUGGUUUGUCGGACAGGAAAGCGUUGAACUCACCUGUGAGUUUGGAGGAAACCCCAAGGUAGAAAACAUCACCUGGACCAGACACACACACACACCGCUGUCCACUAAAAGAGAAUGGAGAGGUGGAGAUCUACCAGAAGAUGUAUCUGCCGAAGGAAGCCGGCUUGUCUUUGGUAGGCCGCUAGUCGCGACGGACGCAGGUGUCUAUGAAUGCGAGGCCAGGAACCGCAUGGGGGCGGACAAAGGAGAGCUGCAGGUGACCGUGAGAGAGGUGCGGUUGCCUGAGCCAGUAGUCGACACCUUCCCUACAAUCAUCGUGGCCGGGGUUGCUGGAGCCAUAGUGGUCAUUAUGGUGAUUGUCAUCAUCAUUGUGAUCCAUCACCAUAGACGCAAGAACAGGAUGUUGAAGAGGGAGCUUUGUGAGAGAACUGAAGAAAUUAACAAUAUAUCAAGACAGACCUCGUUAAGGAGACUAAACUCUACCAGCACAGACCUUAGAAGUCAGAUGGAUGAUAUGUUUGUUGUGACUAAAAACAGUAUAUCUCUGGAGGAGUGUUCUGCCCUACGCCAGCCACCAGGGGGAGUGUCUGAGCAGGAGCUGGACAGUCUGGGCCGCCCCCCCAUUUACUCGAGCUUUCAGCACCCCAGCGACAACUACUCCUGGAGAGAGAAACAGAGGGAAGAGAGCAAGCGCCGUGUGGAGAGCUACCUCAAAAACAGUGACCACUCUCUGGACUCUGGGCUUCACUCCUCCCUGGUUCCUCCUCUGACUUCAGAGGCCCCGCUGCUGGAGUCCCAGAGCCAUAGCCCCUCGGGGGGGACGGAGGGAGAGAUGCAGCCCUGGACCUCCAGAGAGGGGGUAGUGGACGGACAGGCCGAUGGGUGGUCUCCGCAAGUAAGAAUGGUGGAUGGCCGGACGGAGGGUUGGAUGCAGAGAGAGAGGGUGGCAGAGGGGGUGGACGAGGACGAUGACGCAACAAGCUCAGUCCAGAUCUCUGAGGCGCUGUCCAAUCACUUCCACUACAGCAAUGGGUUUCUGCGGCCCAAACCUCACCCCAAUGCAAUUAUACUGCACCCUCGAGGGCAAAUCGUAUAACUACCCCACCCCCAGUGUUGUUCCACUCACCCACCAGGGCAAAUCAAAUGAUGAACUAUCAAACCCCAUUCCCCCUCCAUUGGACCAGCGAGGGUACAUCACAACUCUCUAUCCUCUUCAUCCUUUCUCCUCUAAUCAUGUUUGUACCCUGAAAAGUAUUUGGUAGACGCUUUAUUUUUUUAAUGAUCAAAGCUGCGGCAAAUGCUUCAGCCAGAGCUUCUGGCUGGGUGAUGAAGUUAGGGCCGUUGCUAGCUACUGGGACUGGUGUUGGUGGCUCUGAUACGUUUUUUUUGGACUAGACCCAGCCUAGAAACAAAUUCUGACUUAGAACUGGUAUGGUUUCAAGCAAGAACUGACUCCAAACCAAAAUUGCCAAAGUUCCAACCUGAGACUGGGCAGUGGUGGCUUAGAGGAUAAGGAAAUGGGAUAGCCAGAGUGUCAGGGGUCUUGGACAACGUUGUGGCUAGAGCAAAGCACCUAACCACACUGCAAAAACUGCUUAUCUAACAAUUAAUCUUAUAUCAAGAUAAAUUAUUUGGU